GAGAUAGGGGCUUGGCCGUGACAAGUAUGAUGAUAAAGGAGGCACUUCGGCUGUGGGAGGAGAAGACUGGCAAAAAGGCAGCUGAAUCCGCCGAGGUCAAGCUGAACGGCAUGUUCCCCUCGAUCGAGAAGAUGGACUCUGCGCUCAACCAGCUCGUCUGCUGCCAGAAACUGUCGCUUUCAACCAACGCCAUUGAAAAAAUUGCAAACCUGAAUGCCCUCAAGAACCUGAAGAUACUCUCCUUGGGACGGAAUUGCAUCAAAAGUUUUACUGGCCUAGAGGUCGUUGCUGAUACCUUGGAAGAACUCUGGAUCUCUUACAAUAAUAUAGAACGAAUGAAAGGGAUCAACGCACUUAGAAAACUUGCUGUCUUGUACAUGUCAAAUAACUUCGUCAAAGAUUGGUCGGAGUUCACAAAGCUGAACGAGCUGCCAAAUUUGGUCGACCUUGUCUUUGUGGGGAACCCGCUGGAGGAGAGGUACGCAGCGGAGGGUACCUGGCGAGAAGAGGCCAUCAAGAGGCUACCCAGCAUCAAGCGCCUGGAUGGGGCUCCAGUUAUAAUGCACUGAUCACCCACGACACGUUGGAUUCAUGUACAACAUCUCUGGCACUUUACUUUUUAUAUGCAAGGGACGCUUCACUGAACGUCAGAUGGUGAACGUGUAGGUAAACAUAGAUGAGCGUUUCAUUUGCAAUGUGUUUUAUUUACUCGAUGUCGAGACUAUUGUGUUCUUUGUUAUUUUAAAUCUCUCAGGUCGCUUAUUGAAGAAAUGUUUUAACUACGUAGUUGGGAGCUUUAGAACACGAAGUGAGU